AUGGAGCUGAAUAAUUUAAAGAAGCUUCGCAAAGCUAUUCGGUCUUCUUUCACGAGAAUUGUUUCAAGAAUAAAAAUUCAGCUGGAAUCUGCCGAGGCAGAUAAACAUGAAGUUCAAGUGGCUUUGACAUUAUUAGAAAACAAAUGUGCUGAGUUAAAAGACAUUAACGAAAAGAUUUUAACGCUGCUUCUAAACGUUGAAGACGCAGAUUUAGAAGAAGAAAUGCAAGCUGUAGAAGAAUACGAUUCAAAUUUUGUUGAUAUUCACACGAAAGGUAUGUCAAUUAUUAAUGUGCCUUUAUUAGUAAAUGAAAGCAGUGAUACAUUUUCUGAAAAUAAGAAUAAGCGGAAAUUCAAAUUACCUAAGCUAGAAUUCAGAAAAUUUGGCGAUGAUAUUAAAGAGUGGCUUCCCUUUUGGAGCCAAUUUCAGAAAAUUCAUGACGAUUGUGAUAUUUCGGAAGAUGAUAAAUUUCAGUAUCUCAUUCAAGCCACUGUCAAGGGUUCCAGAGCCCGAGAAGUAGUGGAAAGUUACCCACCCAUUAAAGAUAAUUAUUGUAAAGCCAUUGACAGUUUAAAAUCAAGAUUUGGGAGGGAAGAUCUCUUAGUUGAAAUAUACGUAAGAGAAUUGUUGCAAUUGAUAAUCUCAGUACACCAAACACGUCAGAACAUUUCUUAUUCAUCUUUAUAUGAUAAAUUAGAGUCGUAUUUGCGUGCACUUGAAACAUUAGGUGUCACUACAGAUAAGUGUGCAUCUAUGUUAUUUCCUUUGGUAGAGUCAUGUUUUAAUGAAGAUUUUUUGAAAGCAUGGCAUCGUAACGUAACUUUGGAGUCAAAAGAUGAUUCGAAAACACGUCUUGAUAGUCUAAUGAAGUUCUUGAAAUCUGAGGUUGAAAACGAAGAAAGUAUUAACCUGGCAGUAUCUGGUUUUGGUUUACUUAGAAAUAAAAGUUCUAAGGAAAAUAUAGAAAAGAAGCGGAUUAAUUUAAACACUUAUAAGGACAAAAUUCAUACUGCAUCUGCGUUGACUGCCAGCACUCAUACAAGUGAUUUUAAAAGAUGCGCAUUUUGCGAUGGUAGACAUUUGAGUUCGAAUUGCUUCUCAGCUCAAAAAAUGAAUUUAGUUGAAAAACGGAAAAUAUUGAAGGAUAAGGGUUGUUGCUAUCUAUGUUUAAAACCUGGUCACCAAGCAAAAUUGUGUAGAAGCUAUUUUAAGUGUACUAAUUGUAAUAAACGACAUUUGACGAUAAUGUGCGAUGAGUUUAAAUCUGACACAUACAGGCAACAACAAGAAAUGAAAGAAACGGCAGUUGAAGAAAAAUCAAAAGAUGUUACCAUGACAACCAUGAGUAAAAGUCCAAGAGUUAUUUUGCCUACGUUAAAAGUGAAGUUGGUCUCCACUUCCGGCCAUAAAGAGAUAGAAGUGAAUGCUAUUUUAGAUACUGCAUCGCAGCAUUCGUAUAUUUUGAAGGAUUUGGCGGCGAAAUUAAAUUAUGAAAAAAUUCGUGAUGAAGUUGUAAUUCACUCUUUAUUUGGCGGUAUCGAAACUGAACAACGACAGCAAAAUUGUUACAGAAUAAGGCUAAGAAAAUUGGAUGAUACAUUUACUUGUAAUUUUGAAGCUUUAGAUCAAGACAUGAUAUGUAGUAAUUUAAGUCCAGUCAAAAAUGGACCUUGGCUGAAUGAGCUAAAGAAGUUACAUGUUUCUCUUACCGAUGUUGAUGAGAAUCCUAAAGCAAUUCAUGUACUAAUUGGCGCCGAUGUAUAUGGGAAACUCGUAACUGGAAAACAUGAAGUUUUACCGUGUGGCCUAGUAGCCAUAGAAACUUUUUUAGGAUGGACAUUACUUGGGAAGUCACCCGAAAUAGAACGAAAUACCAACACAGCGAUGUUGGUUACAUCACUUUUUAUUAAAGAAGCUGAUAUUUCAGACUUAUGGAAAUUGGAUUUGAUUGGCAUUAAAGAUCCAAUUGAAAGACUCUCAAAAUCUGAGCAAGAAGCUAUUGCUAAAAAUCACUUUCUUGAAACUGUUAAAUUUACUGACAAUCGUUAUGAAAUUAGUCUCCCUUGGUUAGAAAGUUGUGCACCUUUACCUGACAACAUAGAUCUGGCAAAAAGGCGAUUAAAUAAAGUAACUGAAAAACUUCUAUUCAGCAAUCAUUAUGAUGCAUAUGAAGAUAUUUUCCAUCAAUGGUUGGAAGACGGCAUGAUAGAAGAUGUUCCGGAAACAGAAAUUAGUUCGUUCGGAAACUAUUUACCUCAUAGACCGGUGUUUAAAGAAAGUGCCACAACUCCUAUUCGGCCAGUUUUUGACGCAUCUGCUCGGAUGGCCAACCAGCCCUCAUUAAAUCAAUGUUUACAUUGUGGUCCAAACUUAAUCGAAAACAUCCCAGAUAUAUUAAUGAGAUUUCGCAUGAAGAAAAUUGGAAUAGUAGCUGAUAUAAAGAAAGCCUUCCUCCAAAUCGGUGUGUGCAAAGAUGACAGAAACUACUUGCGUUUCUUGUGGUGGAAAAAUAAAGAUUGUAAAGAGUAUAGAAUGUUUCGCCACAAAAGAUUAGUGUUUGGAGUGAAAAGCAGUCCUUUUCUUCUUGAAGCCGUUCUGAACUUUCACAUACAAAGCUAUGCUGAAUCCUGCCCUGUUGUGGCUUCUAUUCUUACAAAAGGAUUUUAUGUGGAUAAUCUCGUCACCAGUAUAGAUAGUGAAGAAGAAGUGAAACUGUUUGUUGAUGGAGCCAAUGAGUUGAUGCUUCGAGGUGGCUUUGAACUUCGGUGCUGGGAAAAUUCGUCAUAUGGCAAAGAAGAUGAAACAGCAGAUGACUCUAAUGUUCUAGGUAUGAAAUGGGAUAGCUCGUCUGAUGUUCUUAGAGUUAACAUGACAUGGUUUGAUGAAGUUAACUUAGAGAAAAUUUCGAAACGAGCUUUACUGUCGACAGCACAUAAAAUAUUUGAUCCGAUGGGGUUUGUUACACCCGUGACACUUUGCCCAAAGCUCUUGUUGCGAGAAGCAUGGCAACAAGGUUUAAACUGGGAUGAGGAAAUAGCAGAGGAUUUGAGAAAGAAAUUUCUAACCUGGUUUGAUUGCCUAAAAGAUCUCAAUUCAAUUAGUUUUCCUAGGUGGAUAAAAUUUCCUUUAACUGACACUCAUUCAUGUUCUCUGCAUACGUUUUGUGAUGCAAGUAAAGAUGCAUAUGCAACUGUUGUCUUCUUAAGAGAGCAAAUAGAAGAUAAUGUAGACGUUUAUAUCUUAGCUUCAAAAUCUCGCUUAGCUCCGACGAAAGGUGCGACCAUUCCUAGAUUAGAACUUUUAGCGGCUCUGAUUGGAGCGCGAUUAACAAAACACAUCAUUGAUUCAUUGGGUUGCACAAGUAUUAAAGUGAAUUACUGGAGUGAUUCGACAACGGUACUCACGUGGAUAAGCAAAGAGGAAAAUUGGUCCAUCUUUGUCAAAAAUAGAAUUGAUGAAAUUAGAAAAUUAACUUCCACGACAUGUUGGGGAUAUGUACCAAGCGAAGACAAUCCUGCCGAUUUACCUUCAAGAGGUUGCAAUGCGAGUUCCUUUUUAAAAGGCAGAUGGUGGGAGGGGCCACAUUGGAUGAAAGAUCCGAUUGAAAAUUGGCCAUGUUCCCUUGUAAAUUUUCCGCUUAUUGACGAAGAGCAAGUUAUUAAAGAGAAGAAAAAAUGUCCAGUUUUGUUAACUACCGCAAAAAUAAUGAACAAAUCAGAUUGGAUGCAUCGCUACUUUUCAGACUAUAAACAGAUAGUUCGUUUAGUGGCAUGGAUUCUUCGCUUCAAACAUAAUUGUUCAGUUAAACAAAAUUUAAGAUUGUGUGGAGAGUUGAAUUCUCACGAAUUUAUCGAAGCUGAAACGAGAAUUGUAAAAGUAGUACAAGAAGAAUCAUUUUGUGAAGAAGAUAGAAAGAUACGCAAUCUCGAAACAUUUAAAGAUAGUAAAGGUGUCAUACGUGUUAGAACAAGGAUUUUGUACCGAGAUGACACAGACGAUUUUCUUAUGCCAGUACUACUUCCAUCAGAACACGAAGUCACAAAAAGACUUAUUUUGUAUGAACACAAAAGCAACUGUCAUGCUGGUACACAGGUUCUUUUGAAUAUAUUGAGAGAGAAAUAUUGGGUCCUAAAUGGUAGGAAAACUAUUAGGAAAAUUUUAUCGAAAUGCGUUACUUGUUUAAGACACAAGGCAAAGUGUCUUCAGUCAGACCAGACACCUCUUCCAGCCGAUAGAACAAAAGAUGCAGCCGUUUUUCAGAUCACGGGAAUAGACAUGGCAGGUCCAGUUUUUAUAAAAGAAAAGCAGAAAAUCUGGAUAAUAAUAUUUACAUGCGCAGUCUAUAGAGCGGUGCAUUUAGAAUUGGUGAAUUUUGCAUCUACUGAGAGUUUUCUGAUGGCCUUUAAGAGAUUUAUGUCUCGACGUGGUAGAGUGUCUGUGGUAUAUUGCGACAACGGCCCAAAUUUCGUCGGUGCGGCUAAUGCACUAAAGCUUAUUGAUUGGAACCAAGUCCUAAAGUCUGGAGCCGUGCAGACUAUUGUAUGGAAGUUUAAUCCCCCUGCUGCCCCAUGGUGGGGCGGUUGGUGGGAGAGGCUCAUUAGAAUUGUUAAAGAUCUUUUAAAGAGAGUCUUAGGAAAAGCAUAUUUGACAUAUGAAGAAAUGUCAACAAUAUUAACCGACUGUGAAAGGAUCGUUAACGCGCGACCAAUGACUUAUGUUUCUGAAGGUGAUAGUUUAAGACCUCUAUCCCCAGCAAUGUUUUUGCAUGACAUUAAAGAGACUAGUUUACCAGAUAUAGAAGUUUUAGACCAGAAAUCACUGAGUAGAAGAGUGAAGUACAGACAAAGAAUUUUAAAUGAUCUAAAGAAAAGAUUCAGAUCAGAAUAUCUCGGACAGCUUGUACAGAAACCUAAAAUCAAAAAUCUACGUUCCCUUCGAAUCGGGGAAAUAGUACUGAUCGGAAGCGAUAAUGCUAAACGUGUUGAUUGGCCUUUAGGAAAAAUUACCGAAAUUAUCCCUGGCAAAGACAACAAAUCUCGACUUGUAAGGGUGAAAACCGAACGUUCAACAUUUCUUAGACCCAUUCAACGAAUAUUUCCGUUGGAAAUACCGUCAAUAGAUGACUUGCCUGUUGACGAGAUUGCUGCUGCAGAUAAACCAUCACGAUCAGCAGGAAUCAAAAGUUCAACCUUAGUUCCUGAGAGGGAAGUCAAGGACUGUGAAUCGAAGACUUACGCUACAAGAAGUGGUAGAGUUGUUCGAAAACUUCAAAAAUUGGACUUAUAG